AUGCAUCUUUACAAUCUUACUCUUCAAAGUCAAACCGCCAUUAAUCAAGCUGUCCAUGGAAACUUUUCCGGAACACCAAAAGCACAGGUACCUUCCAAUAUUUAUAAAGUACUUUUUGGGUGUUGUGCAGUCACGAAGUAUUCGGUAUCAUUCCGCUCUCUUAUGCCAUUCCGACUAACGGGUGGUACAAAAGAUUACAUUGCGGUCGGUUCUGACUCUGGUCGUAUUGUUGUGCUUGAGUACUCCACUGAGAAGAAUUCGUUCGUACGCGUGCAUCAGGAAACCUUCGGUAAAACAGGAUGUCGUCGAAUUGUUCCCGGUCAUUAUCUUGCCGCAGACCCGAAGGGACGGGCCAUCAUGAUAGGAGCAAUUGAGCGUCAGAAGUUAGUGUACAUAAUGAAUCGUGACGCCGAAGCUCGGCUAACUAUCUCAUCUCCUCUCGAAGCGCACAAGCAGUACACUUUGUGUUACGGAAUGGUGGGCAUUGAUGUGGGAUUUGAAAAUCCGACCUUUGCUUGCCUUGAAUUUGACUACGAGGAUGCCGAACACGAUCCCACUGGUGAAGCUCUUCAAUCCACCAAGCAAACUCUUACCUUCUAUGAGCUCGACCUUGUGCCUGGAGGAAACGAAGGACCAUCCGGUGUGAUUCUGUGCUGUGAGAAUUAUCUCGUUUACAAAAACUUGGGUGAACAACCGGACAUAAGGUGCCCGAUUCCGCGCAGAAGGAAUGAUCUCGAUGAUCCUGAUCGCUCCCUCAUGAUUAUAUGCGCAGCUACCCACAAGACGAAGCUGUUGUACUUCUUCCUUCUGCAAACUGAACAAGGAGAUCUUUUCAAGGUAACACUGGAAACUGACGAGGAUCUAGUGACAGAAAUGAAAGUAAAGUAUUUCGACACAGUGCCUGCGGCAAAUGCUAUGUGCAUCUUGAAAACUGGAUUCCUGUUUGUUGCUAGCGAAUUUGGAGAUCAUCAUCUUUAUCAAAUUGCUAAUCUGGGUGACGAUCCUGAGGAGCCAGAAUUCUCGUCGAAAAUGCACUUAGACGAAGGCGAAACAUUCUUUUACGGCAUUCGCGAACUGAAAAGUCUUGUUCCCAUAGAUCGUAUCGACAGCUUGUGUCCGUUCACUGAUGCAUAUAUUGGUGAUUUGGCUCACGAAGACGCGCCACAAAUAUACGCAUUAGUUGGUAGAGGCGCUCGGUCAACGCUUCGCGUUUUGAGGAACGGUUUGGAGGUGGCUGAAAUGGCGGUUUCAGAGCUUCCUGGUAAUCCGAAUGCGGUCUGGACUGUGAAGAAAAACGUUGAUGAUAAACAUGACGCUUACAUCGUGGUAUCAUUCGUGAACGCUACACUGGUGCUAGCUAUUGGGGAGACUGUAGAAGAAGCCAAUGACUCUGGAUUCAUGGCCACAACACCGACUCUCGGUUGUGGAAUCAUUGGUGAUGAUUCGUUACUUCAGAUAUAUCCUGAGGGUAUUCGUCAUAUUCGUGCCGAUCGUCGUGUAAACGAGUGGAAAACACCUGGCAAACGUCAGAUCGUGAAAUGUGCUAUGAACAGGAGACAAGUGGCCGUGGCUUUGGCUGGUGGAGAACUUGUGUACUUUGAGCUUGACCCGACUGGGCAGCUAAAUGAGUUCACCGAGCGCACAUCUUGGCCUCAUGAAGUGCUGUGCAUGAGUCUGAGUGAGAUACCGGAGGGUGAACUACGCUCUCGUUUCCUCACUGUCGGCAUCGCAGAUAGUACUGUUCGAGUGAUAUCAUUAGAUCCUCAAGGAUACGCUGAGCCCUCUGAGCGCUUCCUUCUCAGCCUGAGUCACUUCUUCUUCUGGAGACGACAAGUGAAGAUAAUAAAGGAUCAUCUACAAUUCAUCUCAACAUUGGACCUUCAGAAUGGCUGUUUGCUGCGUACCACUGUAGAUAACGUCACUGGAGAUAUGAUGGAUACUCGUACAAGAUAUCUUGGAACGAGACCAGUUCGCGUGUUCAGAGUGCGCAGCCAGAACAGGGACGCUGUGUUGUGCACAUCUUCCCGAUCAUGGCUACUGUAUCAUUAUCAAAACCGUUUCCAUCUCACGCCAUUGAGCUACGUGACACUCGAAUCUGCAUCUAGCUUCAGUUCCGAGCAAUGCUUAGAAGGCAUCGUCGCUAUUGCAGAGAAUACUCUAAGGAUUAUGGCGGUGGAAAAACUUGGGGCAUCUUUCAACCACAUAUCGUAUCCACUUAAAUUUACACCACGACGUAUGAUUGUCCAUCCAACUGCUACCACGCUGAUGAUGAUCGAAACUGAUCAUGCCGCUUACACAACAAUUACGCUUGAUAGAAAACGCAAUGAUAUGGCAGAU